AUGUCCACUAUUGAAACAGUAUCUCAACGUCUUUCGUGGGCUUUUCCCGAUGAAGAAAAACGUUCUUUCAAAGCAGCUAUAAUUAUCGUAAAUGUCAAUCGUUUAAUACCGGCAAGCUAUAUUUAUCCAUUGCCUCCUCCUAGUACCAGUGAAGAACGAUUGGACUUUAUAUGCUUUAUUUUAAAAAAAGAAACGGGUCUUAUUUACACCCGUAAUGAAGUUCUUGUUGCUCAUAAUGUUUUAAUGGGUCAUCGCGAUACACAAGAACAAUUAAAUUUUAGUUGUGAUAUCGCUAAAAUACAAGAUCAUUUAAAUGAAUAUAAAUCUCUUCAACUACAAUCUGCAUUUGCAAAAACAUUCAGUCCUAUUAUACUUUUUCCACAUCGAACAACUUGCAGCUUGUGCGAUAAACAAUUAAAAAUAAUUUUUCAAGCUUGUGCUUAUAUUAUUUAUUGUACCAAAAUUGAACCUUGUCUACUUUAUAAAGCUGAUUGCCAUCAAUGUCGCCGAUCUUAUCGAAUAUCAUCGAUUUAUGCAACAGAUCGUAAAGAAACAAUUGUAACAUCUGAAUCACAGAAAGUUGAAUGUAUACAUUAUUCAGGCUCACUUGUAUUUUCAAAAGAAUUUCUCGUUUCAUUUUCUUGUCAAUUAAUAGAUAAUUAUGUCACUUUCGAUGCUUUUGCUGCUAGUACAUUAAAAACUAUUAAUAAACUUCAUUCGAACAAUGCUGAUGUUAUAACAAGUGAUAAUCUAGCUCGUAGUUUAGAAGCUGUGUGGCUUUAUUAUGAAUUAACAAAUUUCGUAUUUAUGACUAGUAAAUCAACAGAAAUUUCAUAUCCAUGUGCAAUGAGUGAAGGUCGAACAAAAAUAAAAGGCAACCAAUCAUUACGAGCAAUAUUUAUUGAACGAAAUUUGAAUUGGAUCUAUCAUGUAUUUACCGUCUUCUGGUCUCGCCAUCAAGAUAUAUUUGGAAGUUGUAAAUGUGGUAAUUGUUCGCAAGUGAUUAUACUAGAUGGUCAUCAAAAGCCAAGAAGGUUGGUAUGCAAAUAUGACAACGUGACAAGUUUAAUUAAUGCUGAUGAACUUGGACCAUUAAAUAGGGGAUGCCCUUAUCCCCCAAGAAGAAGAAAAUUAGAUAAUCGACAGCCAAAUGAUGCUGGACAUUAUUAUUGUGAUCAUCAUCGCAUGACAUGUAAUGAAGAACAAUCAGUUGAAAGUAAAUUAUCCGAUGAAGAACUUAAUAAUUAUUUAAAAUAUCUUAAAAACUUUGAUCAAGAAGAAUCUCAAUGCAACAUCGGUAGAAAUGACAUGGAAGAACGUUUCGAAAGCAAAAAACGUUCCAUGGGAUUUAUAGCAUCGUUUCUUAAUUGUGGUAUUAUUGUUGGGUUUUCCGAUGCUAUUAAUCAUGAAGGUCCUAGAAAGAUCACUGAUCAUUUAUUAACAAUGAUAAAAAUUGGAGCGAAAUUACCAAUUCUUCUUGUCUAUGAUGCUGCAUGUCAGUUGCACAAAUUUUGGAAUUUUAGAUUUAAUACGCAACAUAUGCAAAAAACAAUAUAUACACAAGAACUAAUGAACAUGAAAUUGGUUACAGACCGUUUUCAUAAUACAGUUCAUAAGGGAAAAUUAUGUAAAACAUUAUUCAAUCCUGAUUCUGAGCAAAACAAAAUUGAUUUUAUUGGAAUUAACACCAGCAUUGCUGAACAAAUGUUCUCAUAUUUAGCGAAAUUUAAAAUAGCAUUAGGAAGCUUUUCUUAUCCAACAUCAGCACUAUUUACCAUUUUGUUGUUCCACUUAAAAAAUUGCGAUAAAGUUAAUCAGAAUCCUUUUCAACAAGGUGUUAUUAUUGGUAGUAGUCUCGAAACUAUCAUUCAAGAUCAAACAUCAAGUCAGACAUAUUGUGUAUUUGAAACAUUAAUAAUUGAAAAUGGUUAUAGUGAAAAUGAUGAUUCUCAAAUUGAUGAUACAUAUGUUGAUCUUAGUGAUCGCGAUGAUAAUCCAUAA